AAUAUUACCCAUGUAGCUUUGCGCUGCCGCGCAACAAUUCUUUCUCUUCUCGCUGGAAACAAAAUACCAUCAUCAAUGGCGGAUACAGCACCAGCCGGUGGUGGACGAGGCGGAUUUGGCCGAGGAGGUUUUGGCCGAGGAGGCCGCGGUGGUAGGGGGCGCGGACGAGGACGAGGUCGUGGAAGAGGCAGGGGUAAAGCUGAUGAUAAAGAAUGGGUUCCUGUGACGAAAUUGGGACGUUUAGUGAAAGAUUUGAAAAUCAAAUCCUUGGAACAAAUCUACCUGUUCUCAUUGCCUAUCAAGGAGUUUGAAAUCAUUGAUUUCUUCCUUGGCGCUGCUUUGAAAGAUGAAGUUUUAAAGAUUAUGCCAGUUCAGAAACAAACCAGGGCUGGUCAAAGAACACGCUUCAAAGCUUUUGUUGCCAUUGGUGACCACAAUGGCCAUGUUGGUCUUGGUGUUAAGUGUUCAAAAGAGGUGGCAACAGCCAUACGAGGUGCUAUAAUCUUGGCGAAACUCUCUGUUAUUCCAGUUCGCCGAGGUUAUUGGGGUAACAAGAUCGGUAAACCACAUACAGUACCUUGUAAGGUAACAGGGAAAUGUGGGUCUGUGCGUGUAAGAUUAAUACCUGCACCACGUGGAACAGGGAUUGUCUCAGCACCAGUCCCAAAGAAAUUGUUGCAAAUGGCUGGAAUUGAUGAUUGCUACACUUCUGCCAGAGGAGCAACUGCCACCUUGGGAAACUUUGCCAAAGCAACAUUUGAGGCCAUUGCAAAGACCUAUGAGUACCUUACUCCAGAUUUGUGGGGUGAAAACAAGUUUUCUAAGGUUCCUUAUCAAGAAUUCACAGAUUUCUUGGCUAAACCAGCUUUACCAAAAGGUCAUCCUACAAAUAAUGCAGAGCAACCUGCUGCAACUGCUUCAAAAGGAUUCUAGUGAAGUGUUAUAUAACUCACAUUUGUGAAUCAGUGAAAUAAAAUUAUUGAAAAAAUUUGCAUUUUUCUAAA